UUCGAAUCGGCUGAUUUCCCUUCCAGCUAGACCAAAUACCUUUGCUACUUGAUAGCUCGUCUUACAGAACCUUUUUUUCCUGAUUCAAGGCCGAAAGAUUGAAGCAUAUCCAGGAGAUUUGCCAUUGCAGAGGGAGCCAUUCCGAAGUUCUCGGGAAUGAGACGCCCUUUGACGCCUUUCUAAUGGCAGAUUCUGCCGGGCAACCCCCAGCGGUAGCUUCUCGGCCUUCGCCAUCGCCAUUGCCAUUGCCAGUGCCAUUACCCGCGACUAACAACUCAACCGUGGCCGGUCCAUCGGGUAGCUCAGCGAAACCUCUCGCAUUAGGGGCUAUCUCUAAUAAUGUCGGAGCGGCAGUCGGCGCUGCCACUACGCAGCAAAAUGCCGGGUCCAAGCCAGUCUUCAAGAUGAAGCGGACUGGGUUCACAACCCUACCGCCCCAUUUUCCAGCCGCCUCCCACGGCUCCCGCCCAGAUCCAGAGCCGGCGAAAAUUAUUAGUGAUAUCCUUCCGCCUCAGCUCCCUGCAACGCCGGCGCAAACUUUCUCAAACACUCUUCCGAUGACCCAGCCUACUUCUGACGGCCCGCGUAAGACAAAAUAUGCCAACGAUGAGGAGAGGAGGAAGGCUACUAGCCUCGCCUUGAAGCAACGAUGGGCCUCUGGUUCCAUGGACCAUGUCCACAAAAAGCGCGUAGAAACUAUCAGACGUAAAAAGGAGGCCGAGGCUCUGCUCGGUACACCAGGCAUCGCCAAACCUUCGGCCUCUGUAGACAGGAAAAAAUCGGUGGUCUCUGAGAAACUGGCUCGCCUUUUCGACAAGCCGGUCUCUGCUGAGCUCGCUACCUUAUUAACCGGGCCUCGGAGUUACAGGGCGACCUCGAAUGACUCUACAAACUGGUCCGGUUCCUCGAACGCCGACAUGCUGGACGAUAAAGCGGAACUUGGCCAUGAUGCUAUGGUCGACAAGGCGAGGCCAAGCCUUGAUGUGACCUUGAACAAAGGGCAUGAUGGAGAUGUCGAUGGCGAAGGGGAUAGUGAGGCGUGGUCGAGUGGUUCGAGUAUCUCGAGCGAUGCCCAAGUCGCCGAGCAAGUCAGUGGCAAGGGCGACCAUGAGCUCAACCAGGGAAGCCAAGGCACUUCCAACCCCAUCACAAUGGCCGCCCCCGAUCGCCCUUAUACGAAAUGGAGAGACGAAAACGGCUUUUUGGUUUUGACCCAUGGUGCCCUUAUCCCGGACGGCUACCAGUUUUCGACAUCUAUUCCGGGACAUCCAUGGAUCUGUCCUGUGCGAUCGUGUCGCAAGGUGUUCACUAAGAUUAUCCAGCUCGGCAGCCACUUUGUUCGCAAGCAUCGAGGUGCACACCUGCACGAUAAUGAAGAUGGAACCUUUUCGGAACGUCGUAUCGGCCUUUUACGCCGCGUCUCCGGCCGAGCGUCGGCUCCGCAGCCGGCUAUCGUCGUUUCCCGGGGCCCUGCUGACCCAUCCGAUCCUCCACCGGUGGAUCCUUCAACCGCCGGCAACGGGAAUUCGGCUGGGUAUGCUCACGAUGUGAGCAUGAUGGACAUGGAAACCGGGUUAGACGCAAACACCCCAGCAUCGUUAACCGCAGACGGCCAAGGACUAAACCGGGAAGACGCCGAGCCCCUUUGGAGCUACCUUCAACACCAUGUGGUUAAGCACAAAGGACAGGACAUCCCAAUGCAAGGAUGGGUACCGCAGCUUAUCAUCCUGCCGAAAGUCCGCGAUCUCGACUGGAAUACUGGUUGGCUAUCCACACACCCAUUCCACGACACGAAUGCUAGGGAUGUUUCGGCUCUGAUAAUCCAAGUUACCGGGGAGCCUGCGCCAAAGCCAUGCAACAGAUGCAAGAAUGGCGUCGGCCCUUUCCGUUCUUGCAUUAUGAUAUCUUCCAAAGCUGAUGACGGCCCGCUUAGCAGUGUCUUUGCCUGUGCAAACUGCUUUUAUCACUACGGUCAAACGAGAUGUAGCCACAAGCAAUGGGGCGAAGAACGAGCGCUUCGAAUCAUGGAUGACCAAGUUGAAAGCGAGCCUCCCGAUGAGUCUCUUGAUGAAAUAGAGGACGACGAGGAACCAGGCGAUGACAGCAAUGCCGAGAAUGAAGGAGACACGCAGGCCCUCGAUGACGAGAACCUGGAGUACACCAUGGAUGCGUCUAACGCAGAGACGGUUCUCACACCAGGCGGUGCUCCAACCAGCAUCGACGAGGCGGAACCAGGCAGGUUGUAUACCAUGUGGCCAGGUGAUGAUGGAGAGCUCACUCCACUAUACGGCUCGCUACUCCCGGCUGGGUACCAGUUUGACACAACACUUCCUGGGAGACCAUGGGCUUGCCCGGUGCGGACUUGCCGGAGAGCUCAUUGCAAGAGGGCCGACCUCGGUUUUCAUUUCCAGCGUGUCCACUUUGCGGCUUGUUUGAAUGAUAACUGCGACGGAACGUUCACGAUCAAGAGCUUUUACCAAGAUAAGAUGACUGGUAUUGGGAGAGGAGGCAGGAUUCUCAGCCAGGCACCUCCCAUCGUCGUUUCCAGAGACCCUCCGGCUAGAGCCAGCCCUGUGCCCAAAGCCGAGCUUCCGUCUUACCUCGGGACGAGAACGGAACGGGGGAUCAGAACUCGCAGGAACAGAAUCCCGCGGGCCAGGCGCGGCGAAACAGCGGAGCUCUGGACCUAUAUCCAACAACAUCUACGUACGACGACGGAGAUGCCGCCGUCCAAAGCAGUUCGAAACCUCUUGACACUACCGAAACAGCGAGAUGUCAAGUUCAACACUCAUCGCCGCGCUAGGGAAUUCAUCGAAGCGAGUUCUCGAGACAUAGCGGCUUUAAUAAUCCAAGUCACCGGAGACGAGGUAUCGGACGAGUGCAGAAGAUGCCGCCAGGGGAAAGGCCCUUUUGAGGGGUGUGUGGUUGCUUCCCAGGAGACACACGAUGACACGAAAGCGCGCUACCCCUGCUGUGGCAACUGCCUGUAUGGGGGCAACAAGCUUCUGUGUACCCUGCUAAAAAGGGGCCAAAAGCGGAAAUCGAGGUCGACCAGGGCCUCAGCUAGGGAUCUAUCACCGGUCGUGGGGGGGGUCCCAGCUCGUCGGAGUCCAUCAGAGCAAACGCGAAUCAUUGACGACGGCGCACCACUCACAAGAGGGAAUGCCGCCAGGAAACAAGAGCCCAUCGUCCAGCCACCAUCACGCCCUCAUCCUCCCCGACCACAACGAUCAACACCAGCAGCCCUCAUCUCCCAGGGAAACCUCCAAAACACAAACGACCUCCUCGAGAUGGAAGACUGGGAGGUCGCCCCCGGCCGCAUCCGCGAGACCGCCGCCGCCGAGCCAGACACAAUCGCCUUCUCCAAACCCUACCUCGCCGCCACGUCCCAGACGGGCGUGCCCGUGUGCGAGGACGUGGCCUUCCGCGUCGACACGGUGCUGGCCGGCCACGCGCUGCCGCUCGAGGCCGACGCCCACAAGACGCGCCUGUGCAGCGUCGCGGCGGGUAAAGUGCGCGUGAGCAUCGGCGAGGAGACCGAGUUUGUGGUGGGCCCGCACGGCAUGUUCAAGGUCAAGCCCGGGGUGCGCUGCGUGGUGAGGAAUGGGCUGUAUUUGGAGGCCGUGGUGCAUACGGUUAUGCUUGGGGGUGGGUAUUGAGGUGGGAUGGAUAUUGAGGGGGGAUGGGUGGGUUGGAUUAGUUAGGGGUUGGGGGUGAGGGGUGGUGAGGUCGUUGGGGUGAUGGGGGGUGCAUUAUUAUUAUUAUCGUUUGGAUUGGAGCCGUGGGGUUGGCUUCAGGGUUGCUUUCUAGGUUAUGAUUUUCGCGGGUGCUUUUAUAUACGUGGUUCUUGAGUGUAAAUGUAAUGUUAGUGUACUGUGUAGUGGUCUUCCAAAAAUGGGUGUGCAA